AAUCUAUGGGUUGUGGUACUAUUGUAAAACCUAGUGGGGACAGAGAUAGAUACACAAUAUCUGUAGCAAAUUUAAAAGAUUUAAUUACAAUAAUUAUACCCUUAUUUCAAACCCAUACUAUAUAUGGAGCAAAAUAUGAAGAUUUUUUAGACUUUUGUAAAGGUGUUUUUUUGUUAAAAGACAAGGCACAUUUAACUCCUGAGGGUUUGAAGAAAUUAAAAGAUUUAGUGGAUGGAAUGAAUACAGGAAGAAAAUUUUAAAGAUGACUAGAUGAUUUAACGUAUAUUGUAAUUUAUUUACUUGACUAUUUAACAAAGAAUGUAGCCGUUGAUUAAUGAGUUAAUCAAUUAUGAUAUCACUAUAUGCUGGGAUCACCUUACAUCAAGUUUAUUUAUAUUUUAAGUUUACCCUUAGAUAAGAUAAAUAAGAAAAUCUUGUGUUUUAGAAGAGGUUUUUCUAUUCUAAAAGGGGUUAAUCAGCAGGAAACGUCGUCGGAUGACGAUGGAUCCUCAGAGGCUACACGUGAUAUAACUUAUGAAUUUAAUGAAUUUUCUAAUUUAAUACCUCAACAUAAAAAAAAAGUCAACAAACAGUUUUUACAAUGA